ACCAUGGACAACAUGCAGCAGACAAUAUACAGCAUCAAUGGUACCACUAAUGGCCACUGCCGACUAAAGUCCAUGAACUUUGAGAUUCCCGAAAACAGCAUUUCCCAUGAAACUCAGGGGCUUAGUAGGAACCGACUUGUGGUUCGACGAGGGAAACCCUUCAAAGUGACGCUAAAGUCUGACAGUUGGCUGUGGAAUCCCUGCGCUGAGAGCCUGGUGCUGGAGGUUUGUUUAGGUGGCCUGUCAAAGAGGAUCCCAGUUCUGUUCUAUGAAGAACAGUCCCACCCCCAGCUCUAUGACUGGAAAGCUACAAUCUACCCAGGGAACAUGCAUCCCCAGUCAGUCAUUAUCCACAUUUGCGCUCCUGUUCAGUCAUCAGUGGCUCUGUAUGAACUCCUGGCCCACAUAGAGACCAGACGGAGCAGAAAAACUUAUGUAUUGGGAACAUUUGUGCUACUGUGCAACCCUUGGCUGAAAGGUGAUCCAGUAUACAUGCCACUGGAUGCCCAUAAAGAAGAGUACAUCAAAAGUGACUAUGGGCUAGUGUAUAUGGGGAGCAGUUUAAAUGUUAGCAAGCGUCCAUGGUCAUUUGGUCUGUAUGAGCCUGGAGUCCUGGAAGCAUGUCUGAAGCUCCUGGAGUUCAGCCCGCAACACCUCACUGACAAAAACAAAGAUUAUACAUUACGAGCAGACCCUGUCUACCUCAGCCGAGUGGUCUGCGCUAUGAUAAACUGUAACGAUGACCUGGGUAUUCUGGAGGGGAAGUGGCAGGGCAGUUACAAAAAUGGUGUGAAGCCUACAGACUGGAGUGGCAGCGCUGACAUCCUUCUCCGCUGGGCCUCAUCCAAAUGCAGACCUGUGCGUUAUGGCCAAUGCUGGGUCUUUGCAUCCGUCCUCUGUACAGUAAUGAGAGUUCUAGGGAUUCCCUCCAGGGUGGUAACAGUUUUCAACGCAGCUCAUGAUGGAAAUGGCAACAUGAUAAUUGAAGAGUUUUACACGAGAACAGGGGAGAAGUUCGGCGUGUCAAAGGACAGCAUUUGGAACUUCCAUGUGUGGGUGGAGUGCUGGAUGAGGAGACCAGAUCUUGGUGCAGGGUGUGACGGUUGGCAGGUAGUGGACCCAACACCGCAGGAAAAGAGUGAAGGGAUAUUUUGCUGUGGACCUUGUCCAGUUGCUGCCAUCCAGCACCACUGGUUGGACGCCCGAUACGACAUCCCAUUCGUCUGUGCCUCUGUUGAUGCGGAUGUCGUAAGGUUAAUUGUGCACAAUGGACUGGUGGUGGGAAAGACGGUGGACACUGAGUGUGUGGGAAAGCUCAUCUACACCAAAAGCAUCGGAUCAGAUAAACCAGAGAAUCUGAAGCUGACAUAUAAACCUGACAAAAGAGGAAACACCUCAGUCUGUGCAAGAACACUGCAACACCAAGGUACAAUGUCACCCAAUUUGAACGUGACCCUAAAAAUAGUUGGGGUGCCAAAACUGGGUGAGCCCAUCCACAUAUGUGUGACCAUCACAAACCAGUGCAAGAACCCCAGGGUUCUGGUGGGACACAUCAACGCUCAGGUGAAAGAGUACGACAGCAGCCCGUGUGAGGCCUUCUGGGACGCACAAACAGAGGUGCAGAUACAGCCAUUUUCAGUGACAACAGUCAAUCACACCAUCUCUCAUUUUAAAUAUCAGUCAUUCCUGGCUGGUGAUGAUAUUGUGAACUUGGCAGUGGUGCUAAAGGACAUGAGGACCAAAGAAACAUUUCUGGCUGCUGAAGAGUUCAGCAUAAGCCCUCCACAAAUAACCAUACAGAUUGAAGGAGGCAACUCUAUCCAGCUGAAGAAGCAGCGCACAGUCCUUGUGUCCUUCACCAACUGCCUCAGCACAGCUCUGUAUGAAGCUGUGUUGACUGUGCAGGGAGCCGGCUUGCUGGAGGGCAAACAAGUGGCCAAGAUAAUUCUCCUGCAGCCAGGCGAGAAGAUAGAGAAGAAGGUGUCCAUCACGGCUACUUCACCUGGCACCAAGCUGCUGAUGGCCACUUUGUCACACAGCAACAACCCCAACAUCAUUGCCAGGUGGUACCACAAAGUGUCUGUCACAGCAUAAUGACCACGACUUCAUCAGCGUAAAACAAAUUAAAAAGUAACAUUAAAGUAACACUUUAACCUUUUGUCUAUUGAAGAAUACAAAUGAUCUUACAUGAAAGAAAAAGUGUGAUUUAUUGUUAUUAUUAUUCCGUCAUGAACACAACUUAGAUGAAGAUGUCAAGUUUACAGAGUGUGUUGGUUUACUUUGCAGUCACUACUUUAAAUAUAUUCUACUUAUUGUCCAAGAUAUUGUUUCUUUAUUUCAUUUAUUUUUUUCCAUCACACCUUCCAAUGUUUAUAUGGCGUGCACACAUAUGAACACUGCAAGGUCAAAGUUCUGUUUUAUGUUACAUUAAUACAUCUUUGUUUGAGUUACCUGGGGGUUGAAGUACUGCUGACAGACUAAUUGGACGAAAUCACCUUCUUUAUUGCCUGGGGGAUGUUUCAAAUUUGUUCAAUUGUUUUGUAUUAGUUGGUUAUAUAGUAGCCAUUUUUGAGUUUAGUUUAUUGAGUUGACCUCUUUUCUUUGUCUGCCUGUUUAGGUUUUUGGGUUGUCAAUUAAUUUUUAUAUUUUGGGUCAAUAAAACCCCUUUUUUGAAUUAAACACCUUUAUGCCUUACUGCUUGGUCCCUGACACAGCAGCUCAUGAAUGUAGCAUCUUUCUUAUACAACUGUAUGUGGUUAUUAUACUGUACCUCCUUCUUCUAUGACUAAAUAAAGACAUAGACCAG